AUGAAGAAAGAACCAGCAUCAAAAUCCGUGGAAUCGGAAGAAACGGUUCUCCGCGGUGCUGUUGACUGCAUUAGAGCUAUUGCGCCGCACCUCCAACAUCAGGCCGACUACAGGGCUGAAGCCGAGGAUCAACAGGAAGAGUCGGAGCAGAAUCUGGCUGAACUGGAAGCACAAUGCUGGGGAGUCGGAAUGGACGAAGGAGGGGUUGGGAGCAGCGGGCGCCGCCGCGGACAUGGCUACGACCGAGGCCAACAGGGCGCAGUGCAUCAGGAAAAAGAGGUUAGCCGCCAGAGACUUGGAGGCGCACGCGUCAAAGAGGGCGAGACAGAGCAGGGCGCUUGA